ACACACCUCCCAUCACAGGAAAAUCUAGAACCUUCAGAUGAGCGGUCCUUUGCUGACGCUGGUCAUAAAGAGGGAAUCAGAACCAAAACUGGCACGAUUAUCUUGUUUCACUAGGAUGUUUGUAGGAAUCCAGAUGAAUAUCCAUCACCAAUGUUGAUUUGUUCAUGAACUUUCUUUUUAAAGUCCCACCAGCCUCCAAACAAGUGAUCAAGGUGAGGCUGGUGAAGCAGAGCUCCUCUCUGGAUCUGAACGACCCUGCCGUGCUGGAGGACAUCCUGAAGGAGCUCAGACAGAAUCUGAGGGAUCAAGGGGUGACACAGGACGUCAGACUGAGCUGGAGGAAGCAGGCGGACGGAAAGGUGUUUCACAAAGAGAAGAAGAAGGAGAAGAAGAGAAAACCUGAGCUCUAG